AUGGCAAGUAAGCUGGCAGUAUUCACAGAUGACAUUUCCACCUGCACGCUCCGCUACUUCCGACACCUGAGAGAGCAGUCCUCCCUGCGCAAGAUCGGCACCGCUGAAAUAACCACGUCCGACAAAGACGCGCUGCUGCCCGCCGGGACUCUGUCUUCCUUGGCCACGGAGAACGCGCGCGGCGCUUACGCUGGAUUCCUCUCCUGUGUGACGCCUGUUGUGGUAAGUUUCCGCCGUAUCCACGCCGCUGCCCGCACGGACCGCAGUGGGUGUCCUGGAGCCUUCUGA